UACUUAAAUAGACACUGACUGCGAAGUCACGUCCUGUCGAACAGUGGUUCGGAGAUACUCGGCAGUUCUAGGAAGGACAAGUCAGGAUAUUAUGAUCCACUUGUACAACUUGAUGAUCUGAUGAUUCUUAGUGGCAUCAUGGACAAGAGGCUGGAGAUUCAUUUGAUGUUUCUAGCUGCGCUGACUGUCAGUGUGUUUGGGCAGCCAAUCCGACUGGUGUCACCGCUAAACAAUGGUGUUGGGAGACUUGAGGUUUACUAUAACGACUCAUGGGGCACGGUGUGUGACGAUUGCUUUGGUGCCGAUGAAGCUAAAGUGGUCUGCAGACAACUAGGACGAUACGGACUCACACCAAGGGCGAUUCAAAGUUUCGGCUUUGGAGGAGGGAAGAUAUGGUUGGAUAAUGUGAACUGCAACGGAACCGAAUCAUCUUUGGCCAGCUGUUCUCACAGGUCAUGGGGCCUCCAUGACUGUAGUCACACUGAAGAUGUUGGCAUCAUAUGUGAUCCAAGUGACAUAACGAUGAAGCUUUCAAGCUACAAAAAGGGACUCCUUGAGGUAUUUCACUCCGGAAGCUGGGGAACAGUGUGCGAUGACUAUUUCGGCCAAGUAGAAGCUUCAGUGGUGUGCAGGGCUCUGGGGUACCAAGGAGGAAAGGUAAUCAGUGCAAGCAGUCCCAAUAAAAUGUGGCUGGAUGACGUCCAGUGCACGCUGCUGAACACAGAUCUAAAGGACUGCAAGCACCUGCCAUGGGGGACGGACAACUGUGGCGCAUCUGAGGCUGUUGGUGUUGAGUGUUUUUCAUUUCCUGAAAAGGCUACAGCAGCAAGACUUUUCUCCGCCACCAACACGCCAAGAGAAGGAGUUCUGGAGCUGUACUAUGGUGGACGGUGGGGAAGAGUCUACUACUCUGGGUUCGGAGUUGAAGAGGCAACAGUUGCCUGCAGAAUGUUGGGACACAACACCGUUGGAGCCAAAGUCAUCUAUUAUUCAAACACGGGCAACGAAUCACGAAGUGUUAUCGUAGAAAAGGUCCAUUGUCUCGGCACUGAACUCUCCCUGAACGAUUGUCUUCAUUACCCUUGGGUUAAUGUUACCUCGUCAUCAAUAGUAGUCGGAAUACAGUGUCCUGGUGCUAAUCUUCAAAUACGCUUGAACUCGACAACUCGUGGACGGGGGCGGGUAGAAGUACUACACAACAAUGUCUGGGGAACAGUCUGUAGAGGGUCGUCGUUUUCUUCACAGGAGGCACAAGUUGUGUGCAAAAUGGCAAAUCUUCCCUGUGCUUCGAGACCAAGCACUACAAGUGCAGCCACGAUGUGGAGUAUGUCUAAGGUGUCUUCCUCACCAGGCUGA